AUGGCCAAAGCAGAAUCCUCCAAAGAUGCCGAAACCAACGGCGUCAAGGCCAAUGCCACCACCUCAUCCACCAAUUACGAACUACCAUGGGUCGAAAAAUACCGCCCCAUCUUCCUCGACGACAUAGUCGGCAACACCGAAACCAUCGAACGCCUCAAAAUCAUCGCCAAAGACGGCAACAUGCCCCACAUCAUCAUCUCCGGCAUGCCAGGCAUCGGCAAAACCACCUCAGUCCUCUGCCUCGCGCGCCAGCUCCUCGGCCCCGCCUACAAAGAAGCCGUCCUCGAACUCAACGCCUCCGACGAGCGCGGGAUCGACGUCGUCCGAAAUCGCAUCAAGGGCUUCGCGCAGAAGAAGGUCACACUCCCCGCUGGAAGGCAGAAAAUCGUGAUAUUGGAUGAGGCAGAUUCCAUGACGUCUGGAGCGCAGCAGGCGUUGCGAAGGACGAUGGAGAUUUACAGUAGCACGACGCGAUUUGCGUUUGCGUGCAACAUGUCCAACAAGAUCAUCGAGCCCUUACAAUCCCGCUGCGCGAUCCUGCGCUACGCGCGCCUGACAGACAGACAAGUCGUCAAGCGCCUGUACCAAAUCGCCAAAGCGGAAGGGGUCGAAUACUCCGACGACGGAAUUGCCGCGCUAGUCUUCUCAGCGGAGGGAGAUAUGAGGCAGGCUAUCAACAAUCUACAAUCAACGCAUGCCGGGUUCGGGUUUGUGAAUGGGGAUAAUGUGUUCAAAGUUGUGGACUCGCCGCACCCGAUUAAGGUGCAGGGGAUGAUUAAGAGUUGUCAGGAUCAGAAGGUGGAUGAGGCGUUGGAUUCGUUGAAGGAGUUGUGGGAUCUGGGAUACUCCUCGCACGAUAUCAUCAGCACCAUGUUCAAAGUCACUAAGACGAUUCCUUCCUUAUCGGAGCAUACGAAGCUGGAGUUCAUACGGGAGAUAGGCUUCACGCAUAUGCGGAUUCUGGAGGGGAUGCAGACGUACCUGCAGCUUGCGGGAUGCGUGGCGAAGCUUUGCAAGCUGAAUAUGAAGCCGCAAUUGUUCGAGCUGCCGAAGAAGUAG